GAAGCGGUGAUGAGCCCCCUCGCCCUGGGCGUGCCCCUCACCGUGGUCAACGUGCUGGGGCUGCUCGUCAACGGCUACAUCCUCCUCGUCGUCCUCAUCACCAAGCAGGCGCACACGGCCAACAGCCUGCUGCUGCUACACCUGGGUGCCGUGGACGCGCUGCUGUGCGUCGUCUUUCUGCUCUUCCCGGCUCCAGGACUCCUGCUGCGCUCCGGCACUGGUGCCGCCUGGCUUGGGGCUGGGUCUGCAGCCUGCGCCACGCACGGCUUCCUCAUCACGCUUCUACACCCGGUGGCGCUGUGGACGGUGUGCGGGCUGCACUGCGACCGGUAUUGCGCGAUCGCGGCGCCGCUGCACUACGGGGCGCUGGUGAGCGUGCGGCGCGUCGCGGCCGGGCUGGCGGCGGCGUGGGCGGCGUCGCUGGCGCUGGCGCUGCCGCCGCUCUUCCUGGCGGCGCCCGCCUACCGCUACAGCGCCGCGCAGGCCGGCUGCGCGCCCGACGGCGGCGCCGCCCUCUGGUACUCGGCCGCCUACGCCGUGCUCGCCCUGCUGCUGCCCACCGCCGUCAUCCUCGCCUGCAACGUCAAGGUGCUGAUGAUCGCGCGCUACCACCGGCACCGCAUCGCGUCGGCCAUCUUCGAGGUGGCGCUGUCGGCGCAGGUGACCAUCAUGCACCAGCGCAACCCGCUGGCGGGGGCGGCGACGCCGGCGGCGGUGGCGGCGCGCAGCCUCUACCGGGGGCGGAACGCCGUGCCCACCGUGCUGCAGCUGGUGGCGGCCUGCAUCCUGCUGUACGUGCCCUGGCACGCCGCCAUCCUCUGGGAGGCGGCCGCCGCCGCAGCCUCCGCCUCCGCAGCCGCCUCCGCCUUGACCACUGCCGCCCCCGGCGCCGCCUCCGCCGCCCCCGGCGCGGCCGCAGUGGCCGUGCGGCCGCCCCCACCGCCGCUGCUGGCCCUGUCGGCCGCGCUGUUGGCGUGCGCGCCCUCCGUCAACGGGGUGCUGUACGGCGUGCGCAGCAAACUGCUGCGGAAGACCUUCCAGAACUACUGGCGCAAGCAGAUGUCCAAGAGCGAGAUGAACCAGGAGAUCCAGGCGCGGACGCCGUCGGCGUGCGGCUCUCGCCGGCCGUCGCUGACUCCCCUAGGCCUGCUGACUCGGCCGUGCGCCGCCACGCUGCAGCGCCGCCUGUCGGAGGCCCUGCUGGACCCCAGCCAGCGCACCAGCCCGCACGCCAGGGACCGGCCGCGCAUCCAGCGCAUCGCUUCAGAGCUCGACUGGCGGCCUGUCGGGCUAGCCGCCGGCCUGGAGCGCGGCGGCCGCGCGCACGCGGCCUCUUGCAACACGCUGCGGGUGCCGGACAGCGAGCCGUCGCCGCUGACGCUGCAGCCGGUGGCCGCGCCCGCGCCCACGUCCGCCCCCACUCCACGAGUCACCGUGAGGGCUGCGCCGGCCGUCUCCUGCGGCCCGGCCAACCUCUUCCUCCAGAGGGUGUUCGGCGCCGGCGCAGCCGCCGGUACCGGCGGCGCAGACAAGGAGGUCUCCCUCAAGAGGGCCGCCGCCAUACAGACGGUCCUGUCGACGCCGCGACGCUCGCCGCGCAUCCUCAUCACGCGCGCCUUCUCGGAGGAGAGCGACCACUCGCCGCCGGCGUCGGCCGCGGCCGGCGACCUCGGCGACAGCGGCGCCGGCGGCGGGCUGGGCCGCAAGUACUCGACGUCGACCACGUCGCUGCUGGACCGCCGCUGGCGCCUCGCGCUCGACGCCAAGGAGCGCGAGGCAGCCGCGGGCAUGGUGGCUGCGGAGGCGGCGGCGGCGGCGGCGGGCAGCAGCGGCGACGACCAGAGCGGCGGCAGCGCGGUCGCCAGCAGCGACGACGAGGGAGACGACGCGGGGACGGAGGAGGUGGGGGCGGCGGCCGAGGCGGAGCGCCGCUGCCUGCGGUGGGGCGACGCGGCCGACUGCGGCAGCGCCAGCGGCUCGCUUGUGCUCAACGACUGCGACGCCAGAUGUAUCGACAGUUCGUCUGACGACGAGUGCGACUGCUCGGACGCCUCGUCGGGGCGGCUGUUCUUCUCGCUGGACUGCGCGUCUGGCGCCAGCACGACGCCGCUCGUCGCCAACAACACGACGAGCAGCGGCCAGCAGCAGGCCGCGGGCGCUCCACCGCCGGCGCUCAAGCGCCACCAGCUGCAGCUGCACGACCAGGGCGGCGUGGGGUCGUGGCCGACCGCGCGACGACCCGCCCCCGCCUCCCACAGCAUGGUGCAGCUCGCCAGGAGCCUCAGCGACGUGCCCAGCGCGCCAGAGUUCGUGCUCUAGCACAGGCGGACGCCCAGCACCGGGACCGGCGCCAGUCCACCGCGCCCGCCACUGUCCCAGCGUCUCAACAGACAGUCCAAACGUUCCGUCGACGAGUGUUGGCUUUGAAGGCAGUGCACGUUGUUCGUCGCGGCUACCACGGGACGAUGGCAAACGGACGGCGACGAUGUCCUUGGGACGCACUAUCAAUACUCAGCAGCUGUACCAAAUACGAACGUGGAUGUCCAAAACAGCCAUUGGACUGCUCUCAGGGCAGUGGGAUGACUUGCUCACACUCUUUCAGCACUCUGCAUAACCAUUUCUAGUGGAAUUCAGUGAGACUCUCCGCAACUAAAAGUGGCGCCAGAGAGAGUCUGUAGUUCCGGCUGCAUCAGAGAAACUGUUUAGUGCACUACAUACUAGUUACAAGUUGGACUUCAAGACGGGACCGUAGUCAUAAGUCUCCACUUUGAACAGAUCACGUUCACCGCGUAACUCGAUAUAAUUAUGAUUUCCUUCCGUCCCGAUCCUCAGUCCUUCUCUACCAUGUUUUGAACCAUUCAACUUCACUCUAAUAUUUUCGCUUUCAUUGACAUUUCAUUCUUCCGUACUCAUGGAGAGUGAGACAACUUUAUUACCUAUGACAUGCAGUAUACUUCCGAAAAAAACUACACCUCAUAAAGAACUACACCUCAUAAAAAUCACAAAUAUCUAACACGAAUAUUUAAUAGAGAGGGUAACUUCUCAAAUAAAAUGUGUAAUCGAGUUGAAAAUUGUACCUGAAAUGACUCAGCUGUCUAUUGCAAGACUUGCCGUGUGCCUGAGUCGUAUUAUACGAGCUGAUCAAACGUCUCUUUAUGACAUUCUGCUUACUUAGUACUGAUGAAGAAAAUGGAUUGACAUUAUUGUUGCAUCCGCUACAUGUAGCGCAAGCGUCGUACUGUGGAUGACGCAAUAUUGCUACUUGUCCGAGAGUCAAGAAUCUCAACCAGUUUUACUUGUUUCUUUAGUGACGGUACCAGGUAAUACUGUGUUAUCCAUUCCUCCUUGACGGCCUAUUAUUAUCAUACAUAGCUGUCGCUAGGCUCACCUUCAUCAUCUCAUUUCGUUUGCGAUGUCUGUGCCAACCAAUAUUUGGCGCUAUUCUAGAAUACAUGGCGUAAGAGACGUAUUUACAAAAACGUACCCCUUGCAUGGAUUAGGAUGACCUCUUUUAAAGUUAUAAUAUUAUUACAGUCCUUCUGUACUAAUUUCCUUGAUCUCUAAGCUCCUUUUGGCAGUGUGAAUGUCAUUGAGUCA